AUUCUGAAUAUAAUCUUUUUAGUAAUUCCAAUUUUUUUUUAAAUUUUAAGCUCCUCCUUAAAAAAAUAACAUUAAUUUAGAGUGUUACGGAAAUUUUAUAAAUUAUAUCGGGUCUUGCCAUAGAAUACUUCGUCAUUUGGUGUACAUAUUGACAUUAAAAACAAAAAAUCAAUAUUUUUUGACAUAUUGGGUUUUGCCUUAGUACCACAGAUAUAUGGCUCUUGGCAAAACCUCCCGAUAUAAAUUGGUAACUUGGUGUGGUAAUGCAAUACCUCAUUUAUACAUCUCAAGUACGAUUCUACUCCUGUAUACGUCUGCCAGCAAACCACUUAGUUAUAAGAAGCACUACAUAAUUAGUAUUCUUGUGAAUUUCCCUCCCUAGGGUUCGCAUAGAGUAUUCACAUUCUGUAAUUUCGAUUGUGAACUUAUGUUUAGUGAAAUUGUUUUGUACUUUGUACUCGUAAAUUUGAGAUUCAUCAAAAAAAUGCUCGAAUCGAAGUUUCUGUAAAAGCGCGUAUUCACGGGUCGAUCUAAGUUGAACCACCUGGUUAUUCGACCAUGGUUCGAUCUGAGUUGAAAGCAAAAAGGUUUACACGAUAGGCGAUGUAUGUUGACCAAAAAUAAAAACGACACCACUUUGCUUUCGAUUCAAUGUUCGACACAAAUUGUUCGACUCAGAUCGACCCGUGAAAACGCGCCUUAAUAACGGCACACACCAGCUGGACGGCCGGACCCCAAAAUGUCAUGAUGCGGUGUUGCCUUUUUCUCUUCAUGGCUCGUUAGUUGAAGGUGGCUCUGCCAGAAUAUAUAUUAUAUAGGGUUGGCCAUAUUCGACGAAAAGAUGUGGCAACACUGUAACUUUUGUCAGAGGUGACAGAUCGAGUAAUGACGUAGCGCGUUUGAAGCAUCAGUCUAAGGAGAUUUUUGCAAUGGAGCAGUACACUCCACGCGAACGCUCUCAGAUUGUUGAAAUUUACAUUCAACAAAACAAGUCAAUUGUGAAAACUCAACGUACAUGGAGAAAAAUAAAUAAAGUGAAAAUUGCGCCUUCCGCGACUACAUUGUAUCGUUUGUAUGAAAGAUUUUCAUCAUGUGAGGCACUUACUAAUCCCAAGCAUCCAAAUAAAAAACGACCAAGGCGAAUCGGAUGAAAAUAUCGCACUCGUACGGACCAGUGUUCAUAGGUCUCCAACAACAUCUCAAACACGUCGAUCUGAGCAGUUGGGCAUAAAACGAACCACUUACGUCGCAUAUUGCGUCAUGAUUUGCAUUUGUUCCCAUACAAAAUUCAACUGACGCAAAACCUGUUACCUGCCAUUUCAUGUUAACCGGAGCCGUAAACAAACAAAAUUGUCGGUUCUAUGGUACUGAAAAUCCUCAAAUUAUUCGCGAGGUACCUCUUUGUGACUAAAAAGUGACUGAUUGGUGCGGUAUUUGUGCUGGUAUGGUCAUUGGGCCGUUGUUUUUCGAAGAUGAAGCUGGCAAAGCGGUUACCGUCAAUCGGGACCGUUAUCGCGAUAUGGUAACCGAUUUUUUAAUGCCAAUUGUUCGUGACGAUGGUAUGGAGCAUUUCUGGUUCCAACAAGAUGGCGCUCCACCACACACAGCUCGAGCUACUAUCGAUUUUUUGAUACGAUUGUUCCCUGAUGUCUGAUGUCGAAAAAUGGUGAUUUUGACUGGCCACCGCGUUCACCAGAUAUAACGACUCCAGCUUUUUUUUUGUGGGGCUACUUGAAAUCGAAGGUUUAUGUAAACAAGCCAAGGACCCUAGACGCACUCAUGGCAGUCAUUUAAGAGAUAUCGUUUUCAAAAAAUGAUGUUCACAAAACUCUUUGAACCGAAAUAAACGAUUUUUGAAAUGAACAGAAAAAAUGUGUUUUUUCCUAUCAUUAAAAAAAAAUCUUUUCGUCGAAUAUGGCCAACCCGUAUAUGGUUGGCUAUGCUUAGGUAGAAUAUUUCAAUCAAUUGGAUUUGAAAAAUCGAUAUUGGAAAAUAAUAUUCAAUAAACAAACAUGGAUGCUUUGUUGUUUGAUAAUAAAGAAGAGUCAAUGCAAUUGAUUGUCUAUAUUAUUUAUUUGAAUAAUAUCUAGUUUUUAUAACUUCAGCGUAUCGAACAAAUGAGGGCAAACCAUGGGUACUGCCUGUAGUGAGAACCGCAGAACAAGCAUUAGCCAAUGACGAAUCAUUGAACAAAGAGUACCUGCCUGUCCUUGGACUAGAAUCCUUCACCAUUGCAGCUACAAAAAUGCUGUUGGGCCCAAACAAUUCGGCCGUGAUUGACAAUAGGGCAUUUGGCAUCCAAUGUUUGUCUGGCACAGGGUCCUUAAGAGUAGGGGCCGAGUUCCUCAACAGAAUCCUAGGAAAAAAGAUUUUCUACUACUCCAAUCCUACAUGGGAAAAUCACAAGCUGGUCUUUAGAAACGCCGGAUUUGAAGAAGGUCGUGAAUAUAGAUAUUGGUGUCCUAAAACCCGUGGCUUGGACAUCCAUGGUAUGUUGGAAGACUUGAGAAAUGCUCCAGAAGGUUCAGUUAUUAUCUUACAUUCCUGCGCUCACAAUCCUACAGGAUGUGAUCCUACUCCAGAGCAAUGGGAUAAGAUUGGAGAAGUUAUGAAGGAACGUCGACUAUUCCCAUUCUUUGAUUCUGCCUAUCAAGGUUUUGCUUCGGGAGACUUGGAUAAAGAUGCCGCAGCUGUCAGAAGUUUUGCUGACAAAGGCUUUGAGCUGUUUUGUGCCCAGAGCUUCGCCAAAAACUUUGGAUUAUACAAUGAACGUGUUGGUAAUUUGACUGUGGUCUUGAACAAUCUGGAUUUGGUGCAAAAGGUCAAGUCGCAGUUGACACUUCUAAUAAGGGGGAUGUACUCUAAUCCUCCAAGUCAUGGUGCUAGGAUCAUUUCUUAUGUCCUUAACAACAAAGACUUGUAUAAUCAAUGGAGGGACAAUAUUCGAACAAUGUCGUCGAGGAUAAAAGAAAUGAGAAAAAUGCUAAGAGAUAACCUUGAGAGGUUAGGAACCCCUGGAGAUUGGCGCCACAUCACGCAGCAAAUUGGAAUGUUCUCUUACACUGGCUUAAAUGAGCUACAAUCUGAAAAUAUGGUGAAGAAACACCACGUGUACAUGUUGAAGUCUGGCCGAAUCAGCAUGUGCGGUGUAACCCCUUCAAAUGUGGAGUAUGUCGCGAAGGCGAUCCACGAAACCGUUACCUCAAUGCCCGACAAACUAUGAUAAUUGUUUUGGAGUUGAACGUGAGAGAAGUGGUUUCUCAUCCAUUAUCAAUCCAGUGACUCAUAAACACUUAUAAUUAUAACAAACGUUUUUCUGACGUUAUGAGAAUGUUCGAGUGCAACGGUUAGGUCUCUUUUGUCAUCCUUGGGAAGCGCCAGAACAACAUUUGAGCAUACUGACGUAUGUAACGUAAUGUAACGCGUUGGAACAAAACGUUCAGAAUACGUCGCAUGAACGUUACUUUGGAUAUGUAACAACUUUCGACGUGGCUUACGUGAUUCCAAAGUUGUUUGUGGCAUUUUUCUGAAGCGAUUUUGACCCAAAACACUGGAUAAAUAAUGAGAUGUCUACCUACACUAUCUCACAAGUAUGUAAAUAAAGACGUUAUGACGGCAUGUUACAUUUAUAAUAAAGUAUUAUUAUUGAUUGCUCGUUUUGUAAUUAAAAUGAACCACCUGUUUUCUCUAACGUUAGCAUUUUAUUAACAAAUAUGUAUACAUAUAUUUAUAUUGCAGAGGUUUAUAUAUUUUAGCAUGUUUGUACGAUUUUGUGAAAUAAAGUUAUGGUUAAAUACAAAA